GCUAGCAUCCAUUCAGCUACACUCAUCAAAUCUCUCUCUCUCUCUAAAUUGCCUCAUCGCUGUCUCUCUCUUUGAAGCUCCAGUAUCUAUCCAUGGCAGAUGUGUUGAAUGAAGACCAGAUUGUAGAGUUCCGGGAAGCUUUCUCUCUGUUUGACAAGGAUGGAGAUGGUUGCAUCACAGUGGAAGAACUGGCGACGGUGAUCCGAUCACUGGAUCAAAACCCGACGGAGGAAGAGCUUCAGGACAUGAUCAGCGAAGUCGACGCUGACGGCAACGGGACCAUCGAGUUCGCCGAGUUUCUCAACCUCAUGGCUAAUAAAGUCAAGGAGACUGAUGCAGAAGAGGAGCUCAAAGAAGCUUUCAAGGUGUUUGACAAGGAUCAAAAUGGCUACAUAUCAGCUACUGAGCUGAGGCACGUGAUGAUCAACCUUGGAGAGAAGCUAACAGAUGAAGAGGUGGAGCAGAUGAUCAAGGAGGCUGAUCUGGACGGUGAUGGCCAAGUUAACUACGAAGAGUUUGUGAAGAUGAUGAUGGCCGUCUGAUUUGGAUGGGAAUUAUUAAACCCUUCAUUCCAAUGAUAAUGAUGAAGAUUAAGAGAUAGUCUGAUUCAAAUUUGUUUAUUUUCCAAAAUAAUUUUCUUCCCAAUUUGUUUUUAUUAAUUCUUGUUGUAGUCUAGUCAAUGGAUAUGUAGUGACUAGCUAGAAAACGUAGAAUGAUCGCCUUGACCAUCAACCCGUCUCAUCAUUUCCAUCUAUCCCUUUUUGUAACUUUAAUUUCUUUUUAAUUUUAAUCCUGAAUUUAGCAUAAAAUGAUAUAGAAAGUCUGUUAUUGGAACCAGAAUGCAAAUUUAAUUAUUAUUUGUCUAAUAUAUGAAUGAUAUAGAUGAGUUAGAGAUUUAA